AUGUCUACCAUCCAUUCACGAGUUGCCAUACAUAUGGCGCAGUUCGAUCCGUCUCAUGACAUGAAUCACGUGGAUCGAGUUGUUCGGUUGGCCAAAGUCCUGGGUCGCAAAGUAGCCCAGAGCCAGACGGUCGAUCUCCAGGUUGUCGAGGUCGCAGCUCUGUUGCACGACGUCAACGACCACAAGUACCAGACCCAAUUGAGCGACGGACAGAGUAUCAUGAUGAGUUGUCUUUCGGACUCGGGUCUAUCGCCAGAGCAGCAAGAUCUGGUGCUCAAGAUUGCCACCAACAUGAGCUAUUCGACCGAAAAAAAGCUGCGAAAGACCGGUGAAUGGGGCCAGUGGCACGACGAAUGUGUGGAGUUACAUGUGGUCCAAGAUGCGGAUAGAUUGGAUGCCAUUGGAGCCAUUGGAAUUCUACGAGUGGCUGCUUACUCUGGAGCUAAGGACAGACCGUUGGUUCUUACUACAGAUGAUGAGGGAGAAGACGCCAUGAUGCAUUUUGACGAAAAGCUGUUGCAUUUACACAAGACCAUGAAAACGGGGCCUGGAAAAGACCUGGCUGUGAAGAGAACCAAGAUCAUGAAUGAACUGGUGCAGCAGAUGUACGACGAGGUGACCUUGGCCGAUCUGGAAGAGGAGAAUCCCGAGAUGUGCGCCAUUGGUGUGCUGAUGAAGGAGAGAUGGUUUAAGCAGUAG